UCUUCAUGCUUUCUUAAUUUAAUUCCAAAAAAAAUAAUUUUAAUUGAGUAAGGAUAGCAAAAGGAAUUUGAUUAUAAUUUGGAGCUAAUCCAGAUCUCAUGGACGAAUCAAAAUUGAAAAAAUAAGCUUGAAAUAUUCAGUUUAUCCUGCAGGAAUAAGAAACCCAUAUUUCUCUGCAUAUCUGACCCCAUAGAUGUGAUUUUUUUGUGAACACCUGUGGGCUGUGUAAGAUGUGUCUCUGUGUCUCAGUGAUAGAGGAACGAGAAGGUUUGAGAAGCGCACACACACUCUGGCGUUCAGCAUGGGCUCUCCUGUGUGUGUCGGGCUGAUGCUGAUGCUGCUGGUCAGUUCUCGCGGCUCCAGUGGUGUGUGCCCUCGUCAGUGCGCGUGUUCGGUGUCCGCUGAAGUUCACUGCACCUUUCGUGCGCUCGCCACCGUGCCCGCGGGCAUCUUCAAACAAGUUCUGCGCAUUAAUUUCGGGUUCAACGCUAUAAAUCACAUCACAGACGUCUCUUUUGGUGGCCUUCGGAAGCUGGAGCUACUGAUGAUGCACGGCAACAAUGUGCAGAAAAUAUCAGAUGGUGCUUUUCAGGACCUGGUUUCGUUGCAGGUUUUAAAAAUGAGUUACAACAAACUGAGAGUCAUUACCGGGCACACCUUCUCUGGUUUGACGGGCCUCAUUAGGCUUCAUCUGGACCACAACCGCAUCGAGUUCAUCCACCCGGAUGCGUUCAGUGGGAUGACGUCGCUUCGUUUGCUCCACCUAGAGGCCAACUUUCUCCAAAAGCUCCAUCAUGCUACGUUCAGCACCUUCUCGCUACUACAGCGCUUCCCCGUGUCCAGCCUGAAGCAUCUGUAUCUCUCGGACAACCUCCUGCGCUCGCUACCCCCAAACCUGCUGGAGAACAUGCCUCAGCUGGAGAACCUCUUCUUAUGCGGGAACCCGUGGAGCUGCGACUGCCGGAUGAGCUGGUUACAGGACUGGAGCGCAAGAAAUGCAG